AUGUUACACUGCAAAUUGCAUAAGCGCAAGAAGAUUCUAAGAAAUAAAAGAACAUACUUAUCUGAAACAUUAAACGGGACAGAAACAUCAUCGAUUAAAAAAGAAAUUAAUGAUUUUGAUGAUGUUCAAUACACAUGUAGAGUUUGUUUAAAAGAAGGAGACAUUCCAAUUUAUGGUAAUGAAGUAUCGGAAGAUAUUUCUGAACCUCUUAGUUCCUUUAGUGCCAUUGAAAUUAGCCCUCAUGAUAAUCAUCCUAAGUUUCUUUGUCAAUCAUGCUAUUCUCUUCUCCAAGGCGCUAUAUUACUAAGGAAAACCGCCCAACAAUCUGAUAUACUGCUACAACAACGUCAUGAAGAUAUCACUGAUAAUGAGGAUAAUUUAGAUACAGAUAAUAAUUUUGAUACUUAUAAUGUUGAAUCAUUUAAAGAACAAAUUAACGAUUACCAUUGCAAAAAAUGUGCCUUAAGCUUUAAAACAUUUAAAGAAUAUAGUGAACAUAGACUUUCAGAAGAACAUGAAAAUAUGAGACAGACAUGCCCGAUUUGUAAUAAAUCAUAUGCAACACUUUAUUUUAAACGACAUUUAUCUUUACAUAAACUAGACACCUCGUACAUGUGUGAUAUAUGUGGAAAAAAAUUUAUAGUACAAGGUCAGUUUGCGAGACAUAGGAUGACUCAUUUUUACAAUCUGCCAUUUAAAUGCUCUCUUUGUCCUUACAGAGGUCGAUUUAAGGAGUCAUUGAAAAUGCAUAUGCGUUCUCACACUGGUGAAAAGCCAUACCAUUGUAGUCAAUGUCCAGGAAAAUUUGUUAACAAGAGUAAUUUAAAUAAGCAUAUUUUGACUCAUAAAGGAGAUCAUGAUUUUAAAUGCGAGUCUUGUGGUCGAGGAUUUUACACUAAAAGAGACUUAGAUUUACAUUUUAAAGUUGACCAUACUGGCAUAAAAGAUCAUGUAUGCAGUGAAUGUGGUAAAGCAUUUGGUUAUCGAAAACAGAUGAUGAAACAUCAGCUUAAAGUUCAUAAGAGAGAAAAGUUAAGAAGUGGCAGGACACCAUUAUAUUUACAAUUAGAAUCUAAGAAACAGCAAGCAAUAAUUAAACCAGAA